CGCCGGCUGGGGCCUACGGGCAAGGAGAGCCACGCCCUGAAAAGGCUGCGCGAAGCUGCCAAUAGCAACGACUUGGACACAGUGCAGCAACUCCUGGAGGACGGAACGGACCCCUGUGCGGCGGAUGACAAAGGCCGGACAGCCCUGCACUUUGCCUCCUGCAAUGGCAACGAUCACAUCGUGCAACUGCUUCUGGACCAUGGGGCUGACCCAAACCAGAGAGAUGGGCUGGGAAACACCCCCUUACACUUGGCUGCCUGCACGAACCAUGUUCCUGUCAUCACCACGCUGCUGCGCGGAGGGGCCAGAGUUGACGCCUUGGAUCGAGCUGGCAGAACCCCACUGCACCUCGCUAAAUCAAAGCUAAACAUCCUGCAGGAAGGGCUCUCCCACAGCCUGGAGGCCGUACGCCUUGAAGUGAAACAGAUUAUCCAGAUGUUGCGGGAAUACCUGGAGCGUCUGGGGAGGCACGAGCAAAAGGAGCAGCUGGAUGAUCUCUGCUCCAGGUUACAGAUGACUAGCACAAAGGAGCAGGUGGAUGAGGUUACAGACCUCCUGGCGAGCUUCACAUCACUCAGCCUGCAGAUGCAGAAGAUGGAGAAGAGGUAAUGGGCUUCCAAAUCAUCUUCCUGAUGCAGCAGGAGAAGCCUCAGAAAGAAAAAGAAGCUGAAGCUUGCUUCCCAGAUUGCUGAAUAAACAUUGCUGCCAGCAGCUGUUCCUGCCAGAUCCACUCUCUGCUGGUGUUCAAGACUGUUCCUGUUGGUGCUGCCACAGCUGCCUCACGGGGAGGCAGCAGGCUUUGGACAACAGACAACAGAAUGCUGCAGCUCAGACUUUUGGGAAAAAAAAGAGCUGCCCUUCUUUUUAUCAGAUGGGCUGACGCUGCAUAGGAUACCCCUUCCAGAGAUAUUUUGCCUUCUCCCAAGCACUUCAGC